AAAAAUAUUAAUCAAGAUCCAAAACAGCGGCUAUAAAACAAGGCCUGAUAAUUAAGUCUCUGUCACCAUCGGUAUGGCUUCGUCGAGCAGCAACAACACUCAUGGCAAAAACCUUCGGAACGCAGUGGUGGCGCUUCUCGCUCCUCUUCCUUCCAUUUUCUUCUAUCUCUCCUUCCUCCGCCAUUACUCCGCCGCAGCAGAAGCAGGUUCCCUCUCUCCUCUCUGGACUUGGUGCUAUCACCACCCUCUUCUUUUAGCCAACACCCUCUUCUUCCUCAAUGUCAACGUUCUCUUCUGGCUUAUCGGCGUCCUCCAAUCCAGCCACUGGAUGAUAGAUUUGUAUUGGACGAUGAUACCAUUGUUGCUGAUCCAUUACUUCUCAACCCACCCGCUAGCGCAAUGCAAUUCCUGGAGAUCGAGGCUCGUGAUUCUUCUGACGUGGGUUUGGUCGAUUAGGCUCACUCACAGCUACUUCCGUCGAGAAAAAUGGCAGUGGGGUGCUCGAGAAGACUGGCGAUUCAGCGAUAUGCACCAACAGUACGGCCAAAAAUGGUGGUGGAUUUCCUUCUUCGCUGUCUACCUUGCUCAGCAGGUUUUUCUGAUGGGUAUAUGCUUGCCUCUCUACGUUGUCCACUCGAAAGAUAAGCAAUUAAACAUAUGGGAUUUAUUGGCAUCGCUAGUGUGCUUGACCGGAGUAACCAUUGCAUACUUUGCCGAUACACAGCUUCACAAUUUCGUCACUCGAAACGAAAGGCUGAAGAAGCUUGGCCAAGAUUUAGUGCCGAAUCUCGACGAAGGGCUAUGGCAGUACUCGCGGCAUCCGAACUAUUUCGGGGAGCAGUUAUGGUGGUGGGGUUUGGUGAUCUUCGCUUGGAACUUGGGCUGUGGGUGGUGCUUCGUCGGAGCAUUGGUCAACAGCUUGUGCUUGGCCUACGUGACUAUUCUUGUCGAGGAACGGAUGUUGAAGCAGCAGUACAGGGCUGAGGCGUACAAGAACUACCGGAAACGAACAUCGGUCUGGAUACCUUGGUUUAAGACAUCCUUAACCGGGAAAGAGAAGGAGACUUGAUCUCAUUUAAGGUUGCUUCUGAUCCUCUAUGGAUAUGUGUUCAUAUUUACUCGCAUUUUCGUUUAGCUGUUGAAGUGUUUUGUUUGUUGUUUUGGAAAUGGAUUGAAUAAUUGUGUCAAUCAAAUGUUUGCAAUUAAACUUUUUUGUUGUAUAAAGAUUUCGUUCUACAUUGUUCGGGGUGAAAUUGUUGUCCAAAUUCAGCAGAGUAAUUUUUUUUCUUUU